UACGGGACGUCAAGAGUCGUCGUAUCACACCUCUGGAUACAAUUUGUAUGGGUGGACUCUCUCUUAGAACCAGUCUUCUAAAAUGUCUCCUUCCCUCUUGAUUGUUCUAUUACGUUAACUCCUAUAUCUUAUAUACUUCAAGACUUUCAAACAUAAAAACAUAUAUUAUUUUAUUUUACAUGAAUAAACGAAUCUCUAUAAACAACAAGCACAACAAUAUCUACUCAUAAUUUUUAUUUUCUUGUUGUGCAUCUAUUAUGGGCCAAUCCUCCUCUGUUCAUGCCGUCCAAAUACCUCCGUCAAAUUUCAAUUAUUUGUCCAACUCCGGUGACGACUUGAUAUCAGAGCUUCCCGACGAAUGUCUGGCCUUGAUUUUUCAAUCUCUUGGCUCCGGUGAUCGCAAGUCUUGUUCGCUUGUUUGUCAAAGAUGGUUCGGUGUGGAAGCUCAGAGCCGCCAAACACUCUAUCUAAAAGCCCGGCCUGAUGUUGUGUCGAUUAUUCCAGGUCUGUUUUCUCGGUUUGAUUCAAUCACGAAGCUCACUCUGCGAAGCCAUCGGACGUCGAGGAGUCUUGAUGAUGAAGCAUUGAGUUUGGUAGCUACAGAAUGUCGUAAACUUAGUCGCAUUAAUCUCCGUGGCUGUCGUGAGGUCACGGAGAUCGGUAUGGCAGCUCUAGGUCUGUAUGCCAAGGGUUUAAAGAAGUUCUCGUGUGGAUCAUGUACUUUUGGAGUUAAAGGUAUGAAUGCGUUGCUUGAUAAUUCCUCAUCUCUCGAGGAAUUAUCCGUUAAGCGUUUACAUGGUAUCAAAAAUAGCGGUGGUGAAAUGAUAAAUCCUGGCGUGGCUGCAUCGCUGAAGUCUAUUCGUUUGAAGGAGAUUCAUAACGGCCAGUGCUUCGGGCCGCUUAUAGUUGGAUCGAAGAAUCUGAGGUCGCUGAAAUUGCUGCGAUGCUCAGGUGAUUGGGAUAUUGUCGUCAAAAAGGCUGCGCGUAGAGAGAAUAGCUGUUUGUUCGAAGUUUAUUUGGAUAGAGCGCAAAUUAGUGACAUUGGCCUUACAGCUCUGUCGAAUUGUUCGGAAUUGGAGAUUUUGCAUUUAAUUAAAAACGUGGAUUGCACGGAUGCUGGAGUCGUCGCGGUGUUAGAGAAGUGCAGGUCACUGAGAAAGCUUCAUAUCGACGGGUGGAGAACAAAUCGCAUUGGAGAGGAAGGUCUUGUCUCGAUAGGCAAGCAUGGCGCGAUGCUUCAGGAAUUGGUGCUCAUUGGUAUUAAUCCAAGUCUUUUCAGUUUGGACGCAAUUGCUUCGGGUUGUAAGAAACUGGAAAGGCUUGCCAUUUGUGGAAGUGAGACAGUGGCGGAUCCUGAAAUAUCUUGCAUUGCUGCGAAAUGCGCAGCUUUGAAGAAGCUGUGCAUCAAGUCCUGCCCUGUUUCGGAUCAGGGGAUCGAAGCGUUUGCGGAGGGAUGCCCCAAUUUGAUGAAAUUGAAGGUGAAAAAGUGUCGAGCAGUGACGAGUGAAGCAGAGGCCUUGUUAAGGUCGAACAGGAGAUCGUUGAUUAUUGAUUUCGAUGUUUGUGAGGUAGAAGUUGAAGCUGUGGAUGGGAGUGCCAGUGAUGCUGGAACACAAGAAGAUGACGCGGAGUUUCUGCCAUUGGAGAGCCAGGAAGUUGCUGACACGGCGAGUUCUGAGGCUUCUUCGAGCAGAAAAGGUCGUGCAUCGACGUCGAAGCCGAAGUUUGGGCUCUUCAGAGGUAAUUGUUUUUUGACGCGUGCUCGCAAGAGGUGGUCCAAUAAAGCUAGCACUUGAAAGUUGAAAUAUAGUUCUUGGUCAUGGACAGGGGUUUGAAUGUUAAAUCUUUGAUAGAAAGUUUUCAUGAUUUCAUAAUAUUAUUUUACGUGUACACGAGAUUUCUCGAGUAGUUGUCACAUUGCCGAUGGCUUAAGGCUGGUACAUAUACUAUUGUUGUUUGGAAGCUAGAAAUUGCUUCUUUGACUCCGAUGAUAAGAAAAGGUAUGGCAUUUAGCUGAGGCUCGACAGAAGAUCUGAAAAAUGAUUACUCUAUCAAUAUACUUAUAUAAAGGAGAAGCGAGGGGCGUGUAGGUGGCACCUCUCACAUCGCUCCGUUCUAUUUUUCUAAUUUUCUGGAAUUUUUGGAUGAAAAAUACCAAAAAUUAGAACUACCUUUUUUAGUUUCGGAUAUAUUAGAAGCAAGUUUCAGAAUCUGAUUUUGUUUCAGAUUAUUUAUGGAAUAUAGUAGUUUGAAAAUUUUAAUUUAA